AUGUCCGGUGUCGAUCAAGCAAUGUUAGAUAAAAUGGUCAAUUUAUACGAUAAAAAAAUGACGAACGGACGAAGUAACGGCACGUCAACUAUUAAUACUAAUCCAUCUCUUUAUACACCAUUAUCAACAUUAUCAACAUUAACAAUGAAAACGGGUUUUGAAUCAAUAAAUACUGCACCAUCACAAAUUACUAGAAAUAAUUUUAACUAUCAAUUGGUUGCGGAUCCAAUGAAUUUACCGAACGAUAUUCUGUCUGGAACUGAUGGUGCAUACAUAAAUGCACUUUUUGAUGAUCCAUCUCGCUAUCAUUUGAAUGAUACAGUGUUAGCUGGCGGAACAGUUCGUCAGCAAUCUUUAGACUCAUCCACAUUUCAAUACCAUCAACCUCGUAUUGAAAAAGUACUAAAACCCGAUAUACUACGCUUUACAGAUGAUACAAAUUUAGAAGAAUACGAAAACGAUGAAGACCAUUUAAUGCGUUAUCCUGAUGUUAAACCAUAUUUAGAAGUAAUUAGUGGAAGAAAUUUUAAUCUUCCCGAUGUUGGCAUGAUGACUCAACCAUCAGAAGAAGUCAGACGUCUGUUACAAAAAGGUAAAUUGAAAAAUUUGUAUGGAUACAUUGAUUAUCAAUACAAUUAUAUUGAACCACCAUGGCAUUUCGAUAGUAAUGAUGAAAGGCGUGGUAUUGUAAAUCAUAAUCCUCCACCGGCUGCAAUAACUAUUAAUGAUUUACAACAUACAGAUACAGACAUAUCUUAUUCUCAUACGCUACCGCAGUCAAUUCCAAACAAUGUGGUUCAUAAUGAACGAUAUGACUGGGCACCAUUACCAACACUGUUGUACGAAAAUUUUGUACCCUUGCUUCCAACUCGACGUCUAAUAUUUCGUCGCGAUAUGCAUGCACGAGAUUUUGCAUUUCACACGCAAAAUCCACGAUUAUACUCAAAUUCAACAACGACAAAUUCGAUGAUAGACUAUUAUGGUCAACCAUCACCGAGAAUUCAUUCAAAUUUCGAAAAUAUUCCAUUCGAUAUGGAUGGAUGUAGGUGCUAA